UGGCGAAAAAUGAGAUGUUUUGUGGACAACCAGCUUAAAAAAAAGGCUUGAAAAUAAAAGACCUCCCAAGUUUUGUGACCAAUUGGGGCUCAACUCAAUUAUUUAACCGUUUGCUUUUUACUUGACAGAAUGAUAUCAGUCUCACUUCUGUUAUUCUCAGCAGCAUAUCGAGGAUUCAUCAUGAAAAAAAUAAAUACAGAGAACAAUAAUUAAAACAUUUGCUGAAGGAACCAACUGCUUCAAACUGUUAGAGCAACAUAGCGCGCAUCAUAAAUUAGUGGUUGCAAGUGGACAGCGAUUUUGCACACCUCGUCUUUGUAGCACCAUAUAUGUCUACAUGCUGCCUACAUGCACACCAAAUGCACACAUUUUGUGGAAGCGCACGUGUUCUUGCUGGUGCUUGAGGUGAAUUCAGAGUAUUUGAGAAUUAGGGGGUCAUAGACUCUCAGUUUUCGUACGCUUCCAUCAUGAAUUAAUUGUCUAUGAAGCACAGAAGCUGAAGCUUAGAAAAAGUACGAAGCACAGCCACAGGAUAUGAUGGUCUGGGGUAGCCAGUGAGCAUUAUCUUGUACCACUUAAACCAAGCUGUUGUUGUUGUUGUUACAUAGUUCAAGAUGACUGGCUCAGGCAAAAUGAAGAAAAAGUACGCCUCGGGCGAGGCGUCCUGGUACAUGACUAGGAAGCAGGCGCUGGACAAGCUGCAGGUGAACCUGCGCGACUUCCGGCGGCUCUGCAUCCUCAAAGGCAUCUACCCCCGAGAGCCCAUCAAACGCACUCGUGCACAGAAGGGCUCCACAGAGAAGAAGACGCUCUACUACAAGAAGGAUAUACAGUUCCUGCUGCAUGAGCCGCUCAUCUGGAAAAUGUGGGAUAUGAAGGCGAGGCACAAGAAGAUUCAGAAGUCGAAGGGCAAACGCGACUUCGAGGGCGCCCAGCGGCUGAACAAGGGUCGCCCCAAGUACGACCUCGACCACCUCGUCAAAGAAAGGUACCCGACCUUCUCAGACGCGCUGAACGACCUGGACGACCCGCUGUCGCUCUGCAGCCUGUUUGCCAUCAUGCCGACCGUCAGUAAGCUAUCAGAGGCGCUGGUGUCCGACUGCCGCCGACUCACUGUCGAAUUCAUGCACUAUGUGAUCGAGUCGCGGGCAUUGCGGAAGGCGUUCAUCUCCAUCAAGGGCUACUACUUCCAGGCGGAGGUACAGGGCAUCGCCGUCACGUGGGUGAUGCCGCACCACUUCGUCUACAUGCGGCCGGAGAACGUGGACAUGAAGGUGAUGGCCAUCUUCUCCGAGUUUUACACCACGCUGCUGGGCUUCGUCAACUACCGGCUGUACCACUCGCUGAACCUCAUGUACCCGCCCAAGCUGGCCCUCACAGGAGCGACCCCCACAGACACGUGUAUGUCCACCCGGGAGCUGGAUGACGAGCGGGUGGCCGCUCUCAACACGCCUCUGGCGCGCGCCCGGCUGCCCGAUGACGCCGAUGACGCCGACGAUGACGCCGAGCUGGCGCUGAUGGCGGCGGCCGCUGGCGAGGAGCUGGAGGAGGUGCGCCGGCGCCGCCAGCGCACCCGCCGCCUCCAGAGGCUGUUCGCCGGGUGUCGGGUGUUCAUCGGACGAGAGGUGCCCCGUGAGCCGAUGGUAUUUGCCAUCCGUGCGCUGGGCGGCACGUGCUCGUGGGACGCCUCGUGUGCGCCGGGCGCCACGUACUCGGAGACUGACGAGACCAUCACCCACCAGCUCAUCGAUCGGGCCAUGCCGCAGGGCGCCAAAAAGUACACCUCAAGGUACUACGUGCAGCCUCAGUGGGUGUUUGACUCGGUCAACUGCGGCGACCUGCGGCCCGUACAGCUCUAUUUCCCCGGCGUCGAGCUGCCGCCGCACCUGUCACCGUUCAAGGAAGAGGAGGUCACCUGGGGAGAGUACGUCCCGCCCGACAAACUCAAACUGCUCGGUCAGCUGCAGGGCACGGAGCAGGCGGCGGCGGAGGACGGGGUCGGGGACAACCCGUCCUCAGACGAGGACGCAGACGAGGACCAGGAGUCAGCCGACGAGAAACAGGAGGACGAGGACAAUGAGGAGUCGGACGGAGAGGAGGAGGACAGCGACGGAGGCGAGGAGAUGGAGGACGAGUCCGCCGAGGAUUCGGCCAAGGCCAAAAUGAAGGUGACUCCCGGAAAGAUCGAGAAGGUGGACGACCGCAAAGACAAGAUGAAGGAGAGCAAGGAGGACUUUUGGAUGCGCGCCAGGAUGAUCAAGAAAAAGGACAAGCACCGGUUCUACAAGCUGCUGAAGCGGAAGAAGCUGAUGCAAGAGGAGGCGCGCCUGCUGACCAAGAAGCGGCAGAUCGUGGAGAAGGAGAUGGCCGAGCGGAAGCGACAGGAGAAGAAGCAGAUGAAGACGGCGCUGGCGCAGACGUAGCUGGAGGAACUGGGGCCGCUCCGGCGGCCGGCGCGGUCCGCUCGUAUUCGAGCUGGAUUGCUGGGGAUCUGGAGAGGUUUUGCGCUGCUUUUGUGAUGGACAGACUGUUGCUCGCCACAUUUGUACAAUGAUGAGUGAAUAUAUCGUCUCGUAAAGGUGA